AUGUUCAAUAGUGCUGAACUAAAACGCCUACAGCGGAAGCAUCGUAAUAAUCGGACUGAAACUGAUGUGUUAGAUAUAACCACACUCCCAGGUUCAAUUGUGGCCAUGGAGACAGCUGCCCAGAAAACGCGUGAAGAGCUAGGAGAUCCUGAAUUCCGUCGGAUACGGCAGAACACAACGGCAAAAGGUACAGCGCUCAUACGCGUCCGGCUUGCAAAGAUGAAACUGUAUGAGGCCAAAGUAGGGAUUGUUGAGGCACAGAAACGAUGGGAUAAAUGUGGUUUGGGUACAUCGGUCCAGCAGAGCUUGAAGACUUUGAUGACAAAGAAACAACUCAUGUUCAGGAGAAAAUGGACCACCUAUAAUGACAAUGCCAUUAAAUAUAAUGCGAUCCGGCCUGUGAGCCAUCUCCCCUGUCCUACUUUGGAGGAGGCGAAAGCACUACCGUUCGAGGAUUACUUUUGGAAUGUCGGUGCUCUUUCUCAUCCGUCAGAGAUGUGGGCCAAUGAUCCUGGCACAAUGGAUGGUAUUCAAGCGUACUUACUGGAACGACGCUGUUUGGAAGAGCUUCGGCGGAUUGGUCGUGAAACACAACAAAUGAUACUGGCCGCUCUAAGAACAGAGGAGCAGCUGCAGGAUUUGCUGACUUUAUGUAAUAGUGUGGGAUCCAGAAAAUGGUGGGAAGGCUCUGAUUGA